AUGUCAGACAAUGGGCACUCUCUAAGUCCUCCUACCGAACAGGCUGCAAGAGGUACUGCAAACGCCAACCCGGAACAAGCUGUGCCCACCGCUGCAAGCCAGAAUGAGAGAGAUGUCACACAGCCCGAGCUCGACGACUUUGGAUUACCAAUUGCGAAGACACGGAGACCGACACUCGAAGAGGAGGACUCAGAGAGCGACAGUGAUGCGGUCGAAUACCACGAAGCCCCUUCGCGGGGAGAACCCGCUGCGAUUGAGCCAGAGGUGUCUAAGAAGAACGAGCUCACCGGCCCUGCCCAGCCGAGCGAAGCCGCUGAAGAUCCCAAGCACCCAGAAGUGGCAGCCGAACAUUCCACUACCGAUGCCACAACCGACGGUCCUGCACCUGUAAUACCAGCGCGACACUCAAGCAAGCACGGCCGCAACACGUCAAGCACCCACAACGCCCUCUUCGCCGAUGUAUCCGACAAGCCACACGGUGCAGCAGCCUCAGAAUGGUCCCACCAGCAGCUUGCGCCGCAAGCGGAGAAGGAUAUACCAGAGACGGAAGAGGAACAGUGGCAGGUGAUGCCCGCCUAUGCGCCAUACGACAUUUACGAUGACAACAACAAGCUUGUCGCAAAGGAAGCGGCGGAGUCGGACAACGAGCAGGUAGCCUACGGCAAUCUCGGUGGAGCCGGAAGGGGAUACACCAGGGUACAGCUGGAUGAGGAUGCGCAGUCGGCAACGAGCAUGGACGAUAACACGGCGUACUUGUUCAAAGAGAGCGGGAACCAUCUCGUGGAUGAAGACGAUGAUGCACGCGAUCCACUGUCACAGAUGCAGACUACCAAGAAUCUGCUUACUGAAGGGCAGCGGAUAGCUUAUGUUGGCGUUGUGAGACUGGCCAUGAUACAGAUGGUAAAGGAUCUGGAAAGUUUGGAGAAGACCAAGGGCGCGAAGAAAGAGAUAGAACUGGGUGUUGAGUCCAUGAAGAUGUGGAGCCAAAAGAUGAUGGUCCGACUAUACAGCCACAUGGAAGUUGAUUCAGCAGAGCAGAUCAUGAUUGAGCAGCUGGCCGAGCACGACAUCAGACCUGAGGACCUGACCCCUCAAUUAAUGCAGAACUCUCGAGUAAGGAACCCUAAUGCGGAGGAACCUCUUUCUGGAAGACCCUCCAUCUCUUCGCCACAACCAGGCGCAAGCACCGAGAAGCUGGCGAGCUGCCCAGCAACUCCGAACCUUGCUGAGACGCCUCCGCCACCCUACGCAGACCAUGAAGGGGACGACCUCCCCGAGGUCCGCACGCCCUCACAGCUCCCCGACACUCAGAACAUUGACAUCGACCUCCGCUGGACCAUCCUAUGUGAUCUGUUCCUCGUUCUGAUCGCAGAUUCAGUCUAUGACUCCCGCUCACGACAGCUCCUCGAGCGCGUAGGCGCUUCCCUGAGCGUGCCAUGGCUCGAGAUCUGCCGCUUCGAGAAGCGUGUCAUCGACGCCCUGGAGAUGCAGGAAGCAGCCAGCAAAGAAAACUGGAACGAGGAAGAGCACAUGCAAAACCGCAAGAGGAUGGCGCGGAACAGACGGCUGGUCAUGAUGGGCUUGGCAACCGUGGGCGGUAGUCUUGUCAUUGGACUGUCGGCUGGGCUUCUUGCGCCGGUUAUCGGUGCCGGUCUUGCUGCGGGCUUCACUACUAUCGGCGUGGCGGGUACGGGUGGUUUUCUGGCUGGCGCGGGUGGUGCGGCGCUUGUCACGACCACGGGAGUGCUUGCUGGAGGUACCAUUGCCGUCAGAGCUUCUGAUAGGCGGACAGGGGCCGUGAAAACCUUCGAGUAUAGCCCAUUGCACAAUAACAAGAGAGUAAACCUCAUCGUCACAGUUGCUGGGUGGAUGAACGGCAAGGUCGACGACGUGCGGCUACCGUACAGUACUGUAGAUCCUAUAAUGGGCGACAUCUACUCUGUCCUGUGGGAACCGGAGAUGUUACGGAGUAUGGGAGCUACAAUCAACAUUCUUGCUACGGAGGCUCUCACUCAAGGCUUGCAACAGGUGCUUGGCAGCACUAUUCUCACCGCCCUCAUGGCAGCUAUCACACUCCCCGUCGUCCUCACAAAGCUCUCCUACCUCAUCGACAACCCAUGGAACGUAUCACUAGCACGAGCAGACAUGGCCGGUCUCAUCCUCGCCGACUCUCUCAUCGACCGCAACCUGGGUGUCCGACCCGUCACUCUAGUCGGUUUCUCGCUCGGCUCCCGCGUCAUCUUCGCGUGUCUACGCGAGCUGGCUGCCCGUGGUGCAUACGGCCUGGUGCAGAACGCGUAUCUCUUUGGCUCGCCUAUCGUUGCGAAGAAGGAUGAGUAUCUCCGCAUCAAGAGUGUGGUGCCGGGACGGUUCGUCAACGGGUAUGCCACCAACGACUGGAUUUUGGGCUACCUCUUCCGCGCCACCGGCGGCGGCAUAAUGCGGGUCGCAGGCCUCGCCCCCGUCGAGGUUCAAGGCAUCGAAAACGUAAACGUCACGGAUCUCGUCAACGGGCACAUGGCGUACAGAGCAGCGAUGCCACGCCUGCUGCGCGAAGUGGGCUGGGUGGUCGAGAGCGACGAGUUUGCCGAAAUCGAGGACCCGGAUCCGGAUAACCACGAGAAGAGGCAGAGAGAGCUGAUCAACGAGAUCGAGGAAGCGAGGAAGGCGCUGGAAAAGAAGCCGGAGAAGAAGAGAUUUGGCCUGUUCAAGAGCAAGAAGGCUGAGAAGAAGGAAUGGGAGACGUAUGAUGAGAGGGCGAAGACAGGGCCGGAUGCGGGGGUCAAGGAUGGGGUGGACGGGAAGGAUGCAGCCGUCUUGUUCGACGUCGAUGCGAUCAGGAGAGAAGCCGCUGAGUUUGCUGCGGAAGGGAUACAGAUCAAGGAGAUUAAAUCCACGCUACCGCCGAUGAGAAUCGACGUAAGCCCUGCCGCACGGCCGUCCCUCCCGCUACGAGAAACAAAAAGCUUCGACGAUAGCAGCAAAGCGCUCGGACAAGAGUCGAAUGCAAGCAACCUGUCGCUGCCCGUCGCGCCGAACGGUCACACCACAGUUCCACCCACAAAGCCGCUGCCAGCCAAUGGCUACGACGACUACGACGAACUCAACGAUGGCGACAACAACAUCUCCAUGACUUUCGACACAUCCUAUCAGCAGUCCCCGUUAGCAUCCCACUCGCGCUCACCCGUCGCAUCCAGCACAACGUCACCAACUCCGCAGCAAGACUCCUGGACAUCACCCUCAUUGCCGGACAGCAGACCGCCGCUGCGAUCAGCGACUACGAUGCCCGCCAGCACUUUUGAUAUGAACCCGGAGCAUAAUGCUUGGGCGGACGACGAUGAUGAGUUUGGGCGGGAGAAGGAGAUCAAGAUGACAUUUGCCUGA